UGUAUUUCUCCCCCCACCUCCCCACUCCCUUUCAUGUUCAGUGAGAGCAGUAGUGUAGAUUUGAUAGAAAUUGCCAUUCUCCCGUUCCUUGGACUAUCUGAACCUGUAGAGGAUACCACAGCAAUGCUGGACUGCAGCGACUACGUUCUAGACUCAAGAAUGAACAAUCCGUCAGAAACCAGUAAACCAUCGAUGGAGAGUGGGGACGGGAACACAGGCACGCAAACAAACGGCCUGGACUUUCAGAAGCAGCCUGUGCCUGUCGGAGGAGCAAUCUCUACAGCCCAGGCCCAGGCCUUCCUUGGGCACCUUCAUCAGGUCCAGCUCGCUGGAACAAGUUUACAGGCUGCUGCUCAGUCCUUAAAUGUACAGUCUAAAUCUAAUGAAGAAUCUGGGGACUCUCAGCAGCCAAGCCAGCCUUCCCAGCAGCCUUCAGUGCAGGCGGCCAUACCCCAGACCCAGCUCAUGCUGGCCGGAGGACAGAUCACCGGGGUAAGAGUUACCCAGGGAUGCUGCAGUCCCACACAGCUCACGUUGACGCCAGCCCAGCAACAGUUAUUGCUCCAACAGGCGCAGGCGCAGUUGCUGGCGGCUGCAGUGCAGCACUCAGCCAGCCAGCAGCACAGCGCUGCUGGUGCCACCAUCUCGGCCUCUGCUGCGACGCCGAUGACGCAGAUCCCUCUAUCUCAGCCAAUACAGAUUGCACAGGAUUUGCAGCACUUGCAGCAGCUUCAGCAGCAGAAUCUCAACCUGCAACAGUUUGUGUUGGUGCAUCCAACAACCAACUUGCAGCCAGCACAGUUCAUCAUCUCACAAACGCCGCAGGGGCAGCAGGGUCUCCUGCAAGCGCAGAAUCUCUUAACGCAACUACCUCAGCAAAGCCAAGCCAACCUCCUGCAGUCUCAGCCAAGCAUCACCCUUGCCUCGCAGCCAGCAACCCCAACACGCACAAUAGCAGCGACCCCCAUUCAGUCACUUCCACAGAGCCAGUCAACACCAAAGCGAAUCGACACUCCCAGCUUGGAGGAGCCCAGUGACCUUGAGGAGCUUGAGCAGUUUGCCAAGACUUUCAAACAAAGACGGAUCAAACUUGGAUUCACUCAGGGUGAUGUUGGGCUCGCUAUGGGCAAACUCUAUGGAAAUGACUUCAGCCAAACUACCAUCUCUCGCUUUGAAGCCUUGAACCUCAGCUUUAAGAACAUGUGCAAGUUAAAGCCACUUCUGGAAAAGUGGCUCAAUGAUGCAGAAAACCUCUCAUCUGAUUCAACUCUCUCCAGCCCAAGUGCCCUGAAUUCUCCAGGGCAAGGGAUCGAAGGCUUGAACCGUAGGAGGAAGAAACGCACCAGCAUAGAGACCAACAUACGUGUGGCCUUAGAGAAGAGUUUCCUGGAGAACCAAAAGCCUACCUCGGAUGAGAUCGCCAUGAUAGCUGACCAGCUAAACAUGGAGAAGGAGGUGAUCCGCGUUUGGUUCUGUAACCGGCGCCAGAAGGAGAAAAGGAUCAACCCACCCAGCAGUGGUGGAACCAGCAGCUCGCCCAUCAAAGCAAUUUUCCCUUGUCCAACCUCACUGGUGGCAACCACGCCAAGCCUUGUGACUAGCAGUGCAGCUACAACCCUGACUGUCAACCCCGUGCUCCCUCUGGCCAGUCCUGCUGUCACCAGUCUGUCAGUCACAGGCACAACAGAAACCACCUCCAACAACACGGCAACAGUGAUUUCAACAGCACCUCCGGCUUCUUCAGCAGUGACAUCACCCGCCCCGAGCCCUUCCCCUUCUGCCUCAGCCUCCACUUCCGAGGCCUCCAGUGCCAGUGAGACCAGCACAACACAGACAACCUCCACCCCCUUGUCCUCCCCUCUCGGGACCAGCCAGGUGAUGGUAACGGCAUCAGGGUUGCAAACGGCGGCAGCGGCCGCUUUACAAGGAGCUGCACAGUUGCCUGCAAAUGCAAGUCUUGCUGCCAUGGCUGCUGCAGCAGGGCUAAACCCAGGCUUGAUGGCAUCCUCGCAGUUUGCAGCUGGAGGUGCCUUACUCAGUCUCAAUCCAGGGACAUUAGGUGGUGCUCUCAGCCCGGCCCUGAUGAGCAACAGUACACUGGCAACUAUUCAAGCUCUUGCAUCCGGUGGCUCUCUUCCAAUAACAUCACUGGAUGCAACUGGAAACUUGGUGUUUGCCAAUGCUGGAGGUACCCCUAACAUCGUCACUGCCCCUCUGUUCCUGAACCCUCAGAACCUUUCUCUGCUCACCAGCAACCCAGUUAGCUUGGUCUCUGCAGCUGCAGCCUCCGCAGGGGCCUCUGGACCAGUCGCCAGCCUUCACGCCACCUCCACCUCAGCCGAGUCCAUCCAGAACUCUCUCCUCACAGUGGCCUCUGCCAGCGGGGCCACGUCCACCACCACUACUGCCUCCAAGGCACAGUGAGCCGGGCUGGGCUCUGCUCCAGCAGCCUGGGUCACUGUGCGCUGGGAUCGGCUGCCAGCCCGGUCGAUGGACUGAAAAUGCCAUGGGCAUCCUCUCACCGUGUUGCUGGGGACAAGAGAGAGAGAGAGAAAGAGAGA